UAAUCCGUGUUUUGGUCAGACGAAGGGAGAAAAAUCCUUCCAAGGUGAACUUCCCUCAUGCUCCAGAUCUGCCGCCCCCCAGCACCAUGUAUUGCCUGCAGUGGCUCAUCCCCGUGCUGUUGAUCCCCAAGCCCGUCCCGGCAGGCCUCCUACACAACCAUGUGGUCUUCAUGGUCCUCUACUUGACCGGUUUCUUCUUGGAGCGCAAGCCAUGCACAAUCUGCUCGCUGGUCUUCCUGGCGGCGGUCACGGUCCUCUGCUACUCCGGCAUUGGCAACUGCCUCCUCUGGCCCACGGCAGACUGUCAAGGUGAAGCCAGUGGAACGAGUGAGCUGUGCGGGGGAGGGGGAUGACCGACUGGCUCAGAUAUGCAGAGGGCUGUGGAGGAGACCAAGACUCAAGUGUGGAUAUAAGUUUUCUAAAAAGAAAAGACAAAAAAAUAAAUAAAUAAAUAAAUAUGAUAAUAAGGAAAAAAGGUAAAAAAGAAAAAAAAGAUCAGAAGUGUUCAUCAGCAUAAGAACCAACCCAAUGUGAUGUGGGUUUCUCUGAUUUCGGCCCAAUGAAAGAAGUAUCUUGGGGUUGGAACCAGUGGCAAGGCCGAGGCAGCUGCGUGUGUGUGAGUGUUCCAGACGCAGGGCCUGUGGUGUGUGAUAGGACGGACAGACGUGGACCAUGCUCAAGGCUUGGAACUGAUGUGUGAUGCAGGACUCUGUGGUUGGGAUUCGUGAUCACAGAAAGAUCCUGAUGCAAUUUCAAUAAAUAUUGAUGAAAGUGGAAUGUUUAACCAAUGAGGAAUUUUACAAUUUUCUUGCAAUGCCAAAUAAAAAAAAUAAAUUAAAAAAAUAUUGCAUAGAGGUGCCUUUUCAGUAUUGGAUUGCUUCAGUGUGUUUUGUUGAACUUUAGGUGAAAAUACAUUCUUGACAAACCAAAAACGUAGCAGUCCUUUGUCUUACAAGAAAUGUUGGGUUACUAGGAUAUUACACUGUGUAGUUAGCCUUAUCUUGUACAUGAAUAUAAUGCUUUUCACACUCUGUUGCAGUUAUGUAUAUAUAUAUGAAUGGAUACCACUUUAUGUGUAUAUGAAUUUUUCCAACUUCGUGAAGGAAAAUCUACCCAUAACAGAUCUUCCUACACAUGUGAUAUUGCAGGCAUUAAGGAAGGCCGAAAGAGCCAGCCCAGUGACCCAAUCUUAGAUUUAUUGACAUGCUAAAUGUACGGUGUUCUUUCUUUUGUCAGCAAAGAUUUUCUUGAUAUUACCCAGGUUAGACUUAUGGAGACUGUGUGCUUACCAAGAGGAAAGGUCUUCUUUUUGAUUUGUGUCUUUCGUGCCCACACAGCUACCCUAUUUUCAGACGAUUUGUAGAUUUUGUAAGGUUCUUUAUCAGAGUUUGUGUAUAGUUUCAUAUCAGUUGAUGGAGACGGAGAGAGAAAAGGAGAGAAAGGAAAGGCAAAGAUUUCCCUGUGCAGUGAGAUUUGGCAGAAACGAAUUGCAUAGGUUGCAUUUUGGAAGAUGCAGGUUCCAAUUGGGUUUGGUUCUGGUUUAGGUCAAAAGUUCUUAUUUUUUUUAUUUAAAUUUUUUACAUUUUAUACUCUCUUUGUCCUAAAAGAGUUAAGAAAAUGUGAACUUCGUAGUAAGCAAGGAAGGAAAUUUACAAUUUAAAAUAUCAUUGGAUGUCAAGAUCAGAGAUGAAUCAUAAGUUAGUCCGUUUUCAAUGUGAUGAGGGUUUUGAAAAAGGAAGAAAGUUUACUUUGCAAGCGGUUUCUUUUUCUGUUCUUCAUCCUUUUAUUCUUCUUUCUGUAAUGUGUUUAAAACUGUACCUUCUUUCAGUUUUUCUAUUCUUUUUAUUCUUUUGUUUUAAAGCGGUGAAGAUAUGGAAAGGAUUGAGAGAACCACUUUGUUGGUAUCAGAUAUUCACACAUUAAUUUUAAUGGUUUUAUCCAUGAUUUUAAUAACUUGAAUGUCAUUCACAGCUGUUUUCUUUAACAUUUUAUAUUCCUUAUUGUGAUGGUAAUUAUAAAGCAAAGCCGGACAAUCAAACGGAGACAUGAUAGAUCUCCAGGAACAACAGAAAAACUUGUUGUGUAAGUAGAAAUAACCUCUGUGAUUGGGCAUAUCAGUUUUCUUCUUUCCUCCUCCUCUGCUUCCUCUCCUUUGGUGUUUGGUCCAUGCGAGAGGAUGUUUAUGGAUGAUUGCAGUUCUGGAGCUGUAUCUCAGUCACACUUGCAGAGGAUUUUUCAAGUCUUGAAGUAAUAUGUUGAUUGUUAUCCAAUGUGACUUGACUCUCCUUGUUUACUGCUUGUAAUUAUGAUUUUGUUUUUCUUUUGUUUUCUCAGUUUUUUUUAGUUAAGUGUUACUGUUAUUUAUUAUGUAGCUUAAUAUUUGUGGGUUCAUAAGCUUUCACAACUUGGGUAAAUAUUUUGAUGAAUAUAGUAGGAGAAAACUUGCUUCUGUCCAUAUUUUGCCAAUAUUCAUGAAAGCGAUGUCUUAAAAUCAAAUACGGACUGUGUGUAUGUGGAUCUUAGUUGCAAAGAGACACAAACACACAGUAACAGUCAGCAAGGUACAAUGUUAUCAUCAAAUAGAGAUGUUUCAUCAUUUCACCCCAGCUUACAUAAAAGAUUAAUUUUGUAGAAGUUAGUCCAAGUACAUGGUGCUCAUAAAGCACACAUUGUGGUGCAUGGUAGCAACAUAAGUUUUAUUUUAGGAGAAAAGUUUCCUGCAAGAAGAAAGAAUGCAGCAACGCAUUCUAUAUAAAAUCCUAAAUAGCCUCCCGGACGAAGCCUCACUCCUUCUAAGCAGCAGGUACCAGAGAGAGCAGAAUUAAACCACUUGGCCAAAUGACCCACUAAGAAAGACUAUCUAACCGGAAUCCAAGUCGUCUCCAUGGAAAUCACAUAUGCACAGAGUAUAAAGGUAACUUCCAUGACGGUUCUCAUUAGAGGAUUGUUUGGGUUAGUACUUUAGUUCUGCUCUCUCUGGCACCUGUUACUUGGGGAGAGGGAUUUCCAAUUCUCUUAAGGAGGCUAUUAAGGGAUUCCUGCAACUCAAGGAAAUAAUUGCCAGAGAAAAGGAAAAUCUAAGCUGUGUAUAUUUUUGUUGGAUGAAAACAGUAUUUUCAUGUUGUUCAGCUGUGUUUAUAUAUAUAUAUAUUUUUAUUUUUUAUUUUUUUUCUUUGUAGCAUCCUCGUGUAUGCAAAGUGAAAUUUGUAAGCUAUGUAAACAGGGGAAUACUGAACAUAUCUUUGAGUAGCUGUAAUAUUGGUCUGUACAAUUUGCAGUGACUACAGGAAUUUGAUUAGAAAUUUUCUCAAGUAUUGUCCAUGUUUUGAAUCCAUCAGACCCAAAUUUUAAGCUUUUUGCACAGGAAGGUUUAGUCUAUGACCCCUUUUCUGUCAUGAAAAUAAAACUUCCAAGAGCGAAUUCUGUUCAUGCAGAAGUUUUGAUAAACAGACAUUGUGCAUGUUUGUACUCGAGUCUUUCAUUUCAGUGCUUCUAUUUAUUUUUAACUGUUCUGCCAUCCCCCCCCCCCCUCCAUGUAGUUUUAAUGUCAUGAAAAGAUCUUUAAAAAAGGCUAACCCCUUUGUAAAUCCUUGUUUGUCAGAACAGCAGUGCUCCUGUGGUGUUGUCAUGGACUUAAGCUUCUGUUUGUAGCAUAAUGAUUAGUUGGUAGUACUAUAUGUAAGCCAGUUGAUAAAGAAAAGUACAUUUUGUACAUUUAUGCAAACACCUUAACAGAAAUGUGGAAGCUUGUGAUAUUUACAUUAGAUGGUGGGAUUUUCUUGAGGAUCGUGAGACAUGCACUCGAAGUAUAUUAGCAAAGUGCAUGUAUGUUUUCAUGUGUUUUGUAAUUUUUUUUUUUUCUAAAUCUGUUUUAUUUUUUUUUUUUUUUUCUCUAAAUCUUUGUUUUAUUUUAUUUAAUAUUUUUUUUUCUACAGGGGCUUUUAUAAUCUUUCCGAUUAGUGAAGGAUGCAAAAGUAUUAAAAGUGUGAUAUUGAUCAUAGUCCUAUAGAUAUGGUCACUAAAAUUAUGAUGCAGUUUUUAUCAUUAUUAUUAUUGAUGGAUGAAACAAAUUUGAUAAGGCCAGAACAUGAAUAUUCAAUUACUUUUUAACCCCCCCCCCCCCCCCCCUACAAACAAACACAUACCAUAGAUAUUAGGGUUUCUAUUUGUGUAUACUUUGGUGAUGAGGAUCCCAUUGAUGGAACUCCAGUCUGUUCCAUCUCCAUUGUUGAAUUCUAGCCAUCAGAUGUCUUGCUGUGAUUGUUGCACAUCCUUGUUCAUUAUUUCACAUUUAUAGUUACAUGAAUAUCCUGUAUUUAGACAGAUCAGGUAAAUCUAGUCAGUCAGGCUCACCAUCAAGGCAUCAGUUAGUGUACAUAUUUCAUGCUCUAUGCUUUUGUUGCGUAAAGAGACCUGAUUUUGGGAGAGAGCUUCAGACAACUAAUAUUGUAUAUUGUUAAAAUUUUGAAGUGUUCACCAAAAUGUCCUGAAAUUAGUACUAACAUUCAUAAAGUAGCUCUAUCUUGCUGAAGUCUCAUCUGUGUGCCACAUUUUCAAGUGCUUUUGUUGCACUGGAGUUUAGCAAUAUAAUAGGUUUUGGCAUGUGUGUGAUCCUUUGAAAACAGGAUAAAUGUUGAAUAAAAUGUUUUAAGGUUAGACUUUUCUGUAGCCUUAUAGAGGAGAAUGUGGAAAUCUGCAUCCAGUAAUAUAAUCUGGAUGAAGACUAGGAUACAACUGUUAAUGGAAUCUUAAAAGUAUUUUGUGAAUAAAUUUUUAUUAUACAA